UUGGUUGUCGGUUGUUGAGCUGUUGUGCUUAAUAUAUUUUCUUUUCUAUUUGAAUUUUAUUAUUUCUAAUUCAAUCUUGCUCAAAUUUCCGCGUUUUGCAUUGAAAAACUCAAUACUAAUGUUUGUGCGUCGUAAAUCGUCGCGAGUAAGCUUUUUGUAUUCAGAGUAAAAGUGCAACAAUUCCAUAAAAGUUCGCCUUAAAUAUUUGGUGAAAUAAUUGCGAAGUGAAAAGAACUUGUUAUUACGGGUUUCGAAAAGCGGCUAGUGUGCAAGUAAAACAAAAAAGAAUUUCGAUAUUUUAUACGAGUAUUAAUUGCUGGGCCGUAAUUCAUACUAAUAAAAUAAGACAUCAGCUACUACCACACCUAUAUAUUGGUAGAUUGGAUUUGCGUGAAAGUGAGUGCUAGGAAAUUGCGAACACCCAUAAAUGCGUGCCCCUUCAGCUGUUCCAAUUGCUAAAUUUUGUUCGGUAUGAUAUUGCGACUAAGUUAUGCACAGUAAAAACCAAUAAAGGUGUCUUGUCGUUGCGGAGAAGCUAAAGCUCGCGAAACGUUUACACUCUAUUCUAUGCAUUUAAAAGAAAAGUAUUAAGUUAUGACAUUUCUCUCAAGCUUCAAUAUUUUAUUUACAAUUCAUCAACGACGUUAGAUGUGCAAAGCUUAGCAAAUAAAAAAAGUAUUGUUGGCGACAAAUAGCGCGAUAAGUUACUUAUUUCAAAUUAAACUCAACUGCAACACUAAUUAAUGUUUAAAAAAAAACGAUUUGUAAAAAUGUGCAGCAACAGCAUUGAGAAUAACUUGUAAAAGUGAAAAAUUAACGCAAUUAAUUUAAAUCGUUCUAUCGUUUAUGAGAUUUUAUUUGCGCUAAAUGAAUUAGUUUUGUUGCGCUACUUGGCAAGAUUGCUUAGUUUUUUUUUUAUUAAAACAUAAAUUUACACAUUUCCAAGCAAAUAAGAAAUAAAAAACGAAACAACGCUUAACAUUCUUUUGGAGUCUAUUGAUAACAUGGCGGAUUCAUAUUAUCAGGGUGACUACAUUAAACAUCCCGUCCUUUACGAGCUCAGCCACAAAUAUGGCUUCACCGAUAAUUUACCCGAGAGCGCGCUGCCCAAUCGUCUCGAGGAAAUCAAGGAGGCGAUACGUCGGGAAAUUCGCAAAGAACUGAAAAUCAAAGAAGGUGCCGAAAAGUUGCGCGAAGUCGCCAAAGACCGACGUUCCUUGAGCGAUGUGGCAUCAAUUGUGAAGAAAAGCAAUAGCAAAUUGGCCGAGCUGAAAUCGGAAUUGCAAGAAUUAGAAAGUCAUAUUCUACUAACGCAAGGCAACUCUGUGAGCAAUGGAAGAGAUGGAUAUUCUUCCAAUUUAUCCACCCCAACCUCCACCUUAGGUGGCAGUGUCAGCAGCGCUAGCUUGAGCGGCGGCAAUGGCGGGCUUAUUGGCGGUGGCCACGAACAGCUUUCAGCGAACGACAAGAUGCUCAUCUCACUCGAGAAGCAAUUGAAUAUCGAAAUGAAAGUGAAGAAUGGCGCUGAGAAUAUGAUACAGUCAUUGGCCAAUGGCCAUCAUGGGCGCGACAAGAAGCUCUUGGCCGAGGCGCAACAAAUGUUGGCUGAUUCAAAGGCGAAAAUUGAAUUCUUGCGGUUACGCAUCCUCAAAGUGAAGCAAAACAAGGAGCAUGCCCAUAAGUUAUCCGUGCAGGCAGCUAUUGCGGCCAGUGGUGAUGGCGAGAAUGGUGGUCAGCCGCAGCGGCUGGAGACGACGCUCGAAGAGCGUAUCGAGGAGUUGCGGCAUCGCUUACGCAUAGAGGCCGCUGUGGUAGAUGGAGCAAAGAAUGUGAUACGUACACUACAGAAUAAUAAAGUGCCCGAUAAGAAGGCCUUGCAGGAGGCAAACAUACGCCUUAGUGAGUCAUCGCGUAAACUGGAUCUUCUUCGGCACUCACUUGAUUUGCGGCGUCUGGAAUUACCAGUAGAUUCUCCAGCCGCCCAUCAACUAAAAUCAGAGCUCCAGUCGGUUCAGCAGGCUUCGUCGCCAAUUCCAGUCACCUAUACGUCGUUGCAGCCCUUUCAUGGCGGUCUGCUAGGCGGCAAGCCAUACCAACAAGUCUCCUCUUUAGGGCGUUGCGCCAGCGUAUCGGGCAAGCUGGAAGUGCGGCUGAUGGGUUGUCAGGAUUUGCUCGAAGAUGUGCCUGGACGUUCAAGGCGCGACAAGGACAACAAUUCCAGUCCUGGUGAUUUGCGCAGCUUCGUCAAAGGCGUCACGUCGCGUAGCAGCUCGAAGAGUUAUUCAGUCAAAGACGAAACAUCGUCGGAAAUAAUGGCAGUCAUAAAGUUGGAUAACAUAACGGUGGCGCAAACAUCUUGGAAGCCCUGUUCGCAACAAGCCUGGGAUCAGCGCUUCUCCAUCGAUCUAGACCGUUCACGUGAAUUGGAGAUUGGCGUCUACUGGCACGACUGGCGUUCGCUGUGCGCCGUGAAAUUCUUGAGAUUAGAAGAAUUCAUCGACGAUGUACGACACGGCAUGGCAUUGCAGUUGGAGCCGCAGGGUCUGCUCUUUGCCGAAAUCAAAUUCCUGAAUCCGAUGAUAUCGCAAAAGCCAAAACUACGACGCCAACGCAUGAUCUUCAACAAGCAGCAGGUAAAGAAUAUACCACGUGCCAAGCAAAUGAACAUCAAUGUUGCCACCUGGGGACGUUUGCUGAAACGCAAUACACCUUCUAGCUCACAUCUGGCCACUGAAGGUACAACACGUGGCAAUUCACGCGACAGUGAGUCACCAAUUUCACGUUCACCAUCGUCUGGCACUAUUGAUGCCGAACCGGAGCCGUAUUCACCAGGAAUGCAAGCACGAAAUUUGGAAUAUGACCCUGAUGCAGGCAUACACGAACACGUCGAAACACCUGGCGAGUGUCCAGAUCCAGAAGUGAGCGGUUUGAGUGGCAUGCGGCCACUGUCGAUGCAGGGUAUUGCAGUGCUGCCACCGGAAGUGCCUUCACAACCUCCACAACAGUCUCUACAACAACAGCAGCAGCAACAGCAUUUGUCUACGAAAAACAAUAAUUUGCAUUUGCAGAUCGCCGGAAAGCAUGGCUCAGUGGCGACCACUGAAACGACUGGGCUAUCAAUGGGCUCACGGCCCACUUCGAAGUUGCCGACACCUACACAGAUACAGCCGCCACCUGUGCCGGUCACUGCGCCACCAAAACUCGAUCCGGAGUUACAGAGCGCACUCCGUGAAUUCGAUUUUCUGAAUCAAAUGGACUCACAACCCAAUACGCUACAACGGCCUGCCCACCAAUUCAAUCGCCAACAACAACAACAGCAGCAGCCACUGCCGCAGCAACAGAAGCCACAACAACAGCCAUUGCAACAGCAAUACAUUGCAUCGGCUGCACAACAAAUACUUCAGCCAUAUCAUACACCACUGCCCACUCAACAUCCAACGCCUUUGCAUCAGUACCAACCACAGCAGCCACUACAGUCGCAAUCUCAGUCACUGCUGCCCGUUGGUGGUGGUGGCCAGAGUCGUCAAGAAGGUUCAAUGCCGACAACACCGGAACUCAGUAACAGUCAAAUGGCAGCACCGAAUUUCGUUAGCGCCACAGCAACAAACAACAACAGUAAAUACAAGGUGCCUCAUGUGGCACGUCAAACUAGUCAAAGUAGUUUCAGAAAUCAGCAACAAAACUACAACAACAACAAUAAUAGCAAUAACAAUGUAAAUGCAACGUUGAGUGUUGCCGGCACGGGUGGUAUGGCCAAUAUGUACCAUCGUCCGGUGUUGGCCAUGCCGCCGGUGGUGCUGAUGGGCGGUGAAUUGGGAGCCAAUGAUUUGGUGACCAGCCCGAUAAUUGAGAUGCCGCCAUCACCAGCGCCAAGUGCAAUGCCGAUUGUGGAGUAUCCCGAUGACGAUGAGUAUGCGCAGGACGUUUCAGCGACAAGUUACAGCACCGGUGUCGGUGAUCGUUUCUGUGUUGAGGCGCAUAUCAAUGUUGUACACAUAACAAUUGAACCUUUAACGACAACACUUCCAACAACAACAACAAGCAUACACAUUGCCGAUAAACCGAAUGAGAUCGCCAUUUCGCCAACCACAACGGCAACAACAAUAACAUUGACUGAUAAUGAAAUCGAAACUGAAAUCGAACUUGAAACAAAGAGUCUGAGCGAUUGCAUAGAAACGAAAAGUCCGCUUAAAAUUGAGUCAAUCACAUUAACGGAAUCAUCGUUCACAACUGAUGAAAGUGAUAAAUUAGGAACGAAAAGUACAAAUGAAAAUUCAGUGCAGAUCAUACCACAGUUUGGCAAUCUAUCGGUUAGCAGCAGCAGCAACAACAACCAACAACAAAAACAAUAUGUGCCCGAUUCACCGAUUAUACAGGAACCGCCAACACCAACAGUCUACGGACAGUCGACCGGACAAGCACCGCACUUUCCACCGCAGGUCGCACAGCGCCAAAAUUACGCACCAACAGCAGGCCCAGCCUAUCAGCAACACCAGCAGCAGCCCAUCUACCAAAAUCAAUACGAACUCAAUGCCACAUCUAUGCCACCACCACCUGCACCAACGGCCGGCGGUCGUCGCAAUGUUGCACGCGGCUUGCAGUAUCGCGACUCGGCUUAUGAGUCACGCCGCCAGUCGCAGGCUAUGGGAGGCGGAAAUGUGCCGCCAAGCAUGCUGGCUAUAGAGAACUUCCGGCUGUUGAGCGUUUUGGGGCGCGGCCACUUCGGCAAGGUUAUAUUGUCACAGUUGCGCAGCAGUAACCAAUACUAUGCCAUCAAAGCAUUGAAAAAAGGCGACAUUAUAGCGCGUGACGAGGUCGAAUCGUUGUUGAGUGAGAAGCGUAUUUUCGAAGUGGCCAAUGCGAUGCGUCAUCCGUUUCUGGUCAAUCUGUACGCGUGUUUCCAGACCGAUCAACACGUUUGCUUCGUUAUGGAGUAUGCGGCUGGUGGUGAUCUGAUGAUGCACAUACACACAGAUGUAUUUUCGGAGCCGCGCGCUGUAUUCUAUGCCGCUUGCGUUGUUUUGGGGCUGCAGUAUUUGCAUGAAAAUAAAAUCAUUUAUCGUGAUUUGAAACUUGAUAAUCUACUUUUGGACACAGAUGGUUAUGUGAAAAUAGCUGACUUCGGUUUGUGCAAAGAGGGUAUGGGAUUUGGUGAUCGCACCGGCACCUUCUGUGGCACACCUGAAUUUUUGGCGCCUGAAGUCCUCACAGAGACCUCUUACACACGCGCUGUAGACUGGUGGGGUUUGGGAGUUUUAAUAUUUGAAAUGCUUGUCGGCGAGUCCCCAUUCCCGGGCGAUGAUGAGGAGGAAGUUUUCGACUCAAUCGUUAACGAUGAAGUACGCUAUCCGCGGUUCUUGUCACUUGAGGCGAUUGCAAUCAUGCGUCGGUUAUUGCGGAAAAAUCCAGAACGUAGAUUGGGCUCAUCGGAGCGCGAUGCUGAGGAUGUCAAAAAGCAAGCGUUCUUCCGCUCAAUCAGUUGGGAUGAUUUGUUGCUGCGAAAAGUGAAACCGCCUUUUGUGCCCACAAUUAAUCACCUUGAGGACGUGUCGAACUUUGAUGAAGAAUUCACUUCCGAAAAACCACAACUAACGCCUCCAAAGGAACCAAGACAUUUGACUGAUGAAGAGCAAAUGUUCUUCCACGAUUUUACGUACAUCGCCGAUUGGUGUUGAUAUUGAAGAACAGGCAGCUAAAUUUUAUGUAAAACAACGCAGCUUUUGUCAACGUGGAAUGUAAGGAAAUCGGGGGGAGAAGAAAACAAUUGGCAAGGCGACUAAAGUUUACACAAACCAGUACACACACACAAAUGGUGGGAUAUUUUAUUUUUGUGAAUCAAGCCGUUCAAAGUUUUGGUCAUUUGGACACUAAUUUUACUACUAUGAGAAAUAUUCGAUUUGUCAAAAA